CGCUCGCACAAACAGCUCCCGGUGUGACAGCUCACCGCUUCUCGUGUUUACCUCCGUGCGCCGCGUCUCUGCUGCAACUAGAGCCUAAAUUAAGACAUUUUCGAGCUUUUUUAAACACCAUGAACAUGCCGAUUUGGCUCUUAACUUGUUUGUAAAUCAUAAAAAUGCUAUAUGCACGUUACCCGGGGCUAGAAGAUGGCGGAGUCGGAUGGUGGUGGGGAUUUUGCGACGAUACUUUCCCCGAACAGUAUGGCUAACAAGAACCGUACGCUGCGCUGUACCUUCUCCGCCCCCAGCCACAGCACCUGCCUCCUCCAGGGCCUGUCUCUGCUCAGGGCCAGGGGACAACUGCUGGACGUGGAGCUGUCCAUAAAUGACGAGCGCUUCCAUGUCCACAAGGCUGUACUUGCCUCCUGCAGCGACUACUUCAGAGCGAUGUUUACUGGAGGCAUGAGGGAGUCAAACCAGGACACCAUAGAACUGAAGGGCUUAUCAGCAAGAGGCCUCAAACAUAUUAUAGACUUUGCCUACAGCUCGGAGGUGACUCUAGACCUGGACUGUAUACAGGACGUGCUCGGAGCUGCUGUGUUCCUGCAGAUGGUCCCUGUGGUUGAACUUUGUGAGGAGUUCCUGAAGUCUGCCAUGAGCGUAGAGACCUGUUUACACAUCGGUCAAAUGGCCACUACUUUCAGCCUGUCUUCCCUUAAAGAGUCCGUGGAUACUUUUACGUUUCGUCACUUCCUGCAGAUUUCCGAGCAGGAGGAUUUUCUGCACAUUCCGAUGGAGCGUUUGGUCUUCUUCCUUCAAAGCAACAAGCUGAAGAACUGUAGUGAGAUAGACUUGUUUCACGCGGCGAUCAGGUGGCUGCAGUUUGAUGAUUCUCGGCGUGUUCAUGCCAGUGAUGUCCUGUGUCAUGUUCGAUUUCCUCUGAUGCGUUCCUCUGAGCUGGUGGACAGUGUACAGAAGGUGGACAUCAUGGUGGAGGAUGUGCAGUGUCGGCAGUUUCUCCUUGAAGCCUUUAACUACCAGAUCCUUCCAUUCAGGCAGCACGAGAUGCAGUCCCCUCGAACCCUGAUCCGCUCCGACGUCGUGUCUUUGAUCACGUUUGGAGGGACACCCUACACUGACCAUGACCGCACGGUGAGCUCCAGAGUCUAUCACCUCCCAGACAUCUCUGCGCGACAGUUUAAGGAGCUGACGGAGAUGGAAAGUGGAUGCAGUCACGCCUGUGUGGCCGUGCUGGAUAACUUUGUGUAUGUGGUGGGCGGGCAGCACCUGCAGUACCGCAGUGGAGAGGGGGCGGUAGAGAGCUGCUUCAGAUAUGACCCUCAUUUGAACCAGUGGCUGCGUAUCCAGUCCAUGCAGGAGGCACGCAUCCAGUUUCAGCUCAGUGUGCUGCAUGGGAAGCUGUAUGCCACCGGGGGGCGUAACCGCUCUGGGAGCCUGUCCACUGUGGAGUGCUACUGCCCAAAGAAGAAUGAGUGGACGAAUGUGGAUCCACUGAAGAGGAGGAUCUGGGGACAUGCUGGGACCACCUGUGCAGAUAAACUCUAUGUCUCUGGAGGUUAUGGAGUGUCUCUAGAGGAUAAGAAAGCCCUGCACUGCUAUGACCCGGUGAUUGACCAGUGGGAGUUUAAGGCCCCCAUGACGGAGCCGCGUGUCCUGCAUGCCAUGAUCAGCUCCAGAGAGCGCGUGUACGCUCUGGGCGGACGCAUGGACCAUGUGGACCGCUGCUUUGACGUGCUGGCGGUGGAGUAUUACACUCCUGAUAAUGACCAGUGGACCACCCUGACCCCCAUGAGGGUGGGACAGUCUGAGGCUGGCUGCUGCCUCCUGGACCAGAAGAUCUACAUCAUCGGAGGAUACAACUGGCACCUGAACAACGUCACGAGCAUUGUGCAGGUCUUCAACACAGACACAGAGGAGUGGGAGAGGGACCUGCACUUCCCAGAAUCCUUUGCAGGCAUUGCUUGUACACCAAUUAUACUUCCACAGACCACACAGCGCUAAGCUAACUGUGAGACCGCUCCACUGUGAACCUGUGCUCUCUCAAAGCUGUGGCUUCCAAUGUGUUUCACCUGAAACAUGACUACAUACUGUGGUGUGUCACUGUUUAGGGCUCCAGAAAACAUGAUUCAGUCAUUUCACUGAUAACAGCUGUGUGAACAACUUUUAUCUAGAAUCAUGUUGAAAGUAUCAGUUGACUGAUAUUAGUAAACUUAAAUAAUGGCAAGGAACUGUUACUUCUUUGUCACACUCUGCCCUGGGGCAGACUGACAAAGAUGUGGCAGUUACUCUGAGCCUCAUCUCAGCCUCACCGACCACACACUUCUGAAGAGACAUUCCUGUAUUGCACAAGCACAACAUUAGCUGGGUACAAGAGGAUUUGAACCAACAACCCUCCAGUGACAACUGUACCAACUGAUUCACUGUUUUUCCACAAAUUACACAACAUACAUUUUAUCACAUUAUAUUGCUGUUAUAGUACAGCUCAUUUACAAGUCUGUUUGAUACAGAAAGUUUUUGAUGGUAGAAAAUCAAAUUACAAUUACUUAAAGUUAUUAACCUUAAAUCUCGAGGAUUACUGCAUUUACAUUACACAAAAACAUAUGGGUAACAAAGAACAACUCACUAAAUACAUAAAACACACUAACUGUACUUGUUUGAAAUCCUCAUUUAUGAAAACGUCUUAAAGUAAUGUUCAUUUGUUUGGCUCUUCAGUAUUCAUAAUCCAGUUAACUUGAAUAGCUAUUUUUGUUUUUAUUUUAUGCUCUCAUACUUUUCCAGGGAUCAUGACAGCUUUAAUGUUGAUUUUGAUUCAUAAUGUCAAUCAUUUACUUUGAUUGUUGGGUAUUUUGUACUAUUAUAGACCACACUUUGAACACUUAUAAACUUCAUAGUAUUUGUUUGAAGGUCUUAUGACAACUACAUAUAAAUGCACAGUAAUUUGCACAGAUAAUAUACUUCCAUUUAAAUCCACUGCCCUUUGUAUUAAAGUGCAUAUGACUGGUACUUUUUUAUUAAAACGUAGUUAACCCACCCCCCUCAGUUUUUUUUUCCAUGUUGAUGAUAUGAGUAGAGUUAGGCCUACUCUGUAUUCACACCACUACUUCCUGUAUUUUUGUACUGUUCUUCUCAAUGUCUCUCCACAAACUGCCACAUAACUGAUGUAAAACUUUGAGAAGUAUUUACCCCAGGUGCUGCUAUCCCACUAAACAAAGUAAUAAUUAGAAAAACAUGAAAACCAACUAAGUCAUAUGCACUUUAAGCUACAACUGUCUUCUGUGGUUAUCUCGUGGCAGCUGCAUCAGUCUUGUGUUGUGUAAGGAAGGCCGUUACAUCUGCUCCAAUAUCAUUACCAUAUCAGUGAUUUGGAGGGAUUUCUAGAUACCAGUAUCUGUUCAGUAUUGAAAAUUUUGCAGAUUUUGACACCGAUAUAUAUAUUUUUACGGACUAAUGCGUAAAAAUGGAAAUGUAAGAGCAAUUAGGCAAAAAUAUAUUUAAACAAUCAUACAACAAAUAAUUUGAUAUUCAAGGUAAAUACAAUUUGUUAAAAGUGAAUUUGUGAUCUUAACUAUAAUUUGAAUGUGCACUUUUCAGGUAGAGGGGUCAGCCACCUAAUUGUCUCCAUGGAGAUGUUACCGUUGGCCUGGAAUGUUCCACAGUAUGCCAUAAAACCUAUCUAUAUGUUAAGUAAAUUACAGGAAUUUUUACUGCUCAAGAAUACCUUAAAAACAUGUAUUCUCACCGUCGGGAUAGUCACCUCUCCACAGAUCUCCAUGUGACUUGGAAGUGUAGUGUCACUUGUUCUUUGGAAAAGGAUAUGUUUAAUGCUGUAGAAAAUUCCAGACAAAGCAACGCAAAUCCAUGGAAACAAGCAGUUGGCAGACCCUCCACCAGAAAACAACACUUGAACAUAAAUUUGUUAGUCUUUCUAUGUAUUGUAAAAUGUUAAUAUUGGCAAAUAUUGGUUAUUGAGUAUCAGAUAUCAGUAUCAACUCAAAAAAAUCCACAUCAGACCAGACCAUCCCUACUUAUGUGUGUCAAAAAUGUGUGUUGUUAGUCUUGAUGUUGAAUGUCUUUUUCUCAAGAAUGUUACACAGUAAGUUAUUUUAAAGAAUCACUAUGUAACUUUUCUGGUCGUGGGUCUGUUUAUUGCUGCUCAUCUCCAUGGAGCUGCUUUUGCUUUGCCUGGUAUGUUCCACAGUAUAGCAUUACAGACACAAUAUGUCUAGCUCGUGUAAUUGUUAUAUUGUUAGUUACAACUGUUACUUGACACUUGACCUGUUUGAAUGAGAGCACAUAAAGUUCACUGGGAGACAUUCUGAGCUAAGAAAUAAAAUCUUCAUGGAGACAAGCAGAUGGCAGACGCUCCACCCAAAAAGUUACAUAGAGCAUCUUUAAGACACGACUGUGCGCUUCUAUAACUGUAAUGUUGCACUUUAAAAUGCAGCACAGAUCUGCGUCUGUCGCUUAUGGUAUUGUCUGUGUGUGUUAUGUGUGUAUAAUGUGUGGAGGGUCCGAUAUGGCCGCCGUUGUCCUCUGUGAAAGUGUUGGACAGUGGCUCAGCCUGCGUUCUGUUUGCCUUAGUGUCUGUACUGUCCGAGCUGUAGCAGAAAAGCACAUUAUGACUGAAGUGCAAUAUUAAAACAGAAGUCAACGAGGAAUGUAGACCACUGUAUAACUGUAUGUGCAUACUUUAUUAAAGAUGUGUUUUAAAAUGAUAAAGUCUAUGGCUCAUGUUCAGCAUGUCUGUGUAACUAAAGCUGCAUCCAAAAAUG